GUUUUGACCAUGAGCCACAGCGACGACGCCUUGUACAUGCCGACGUACGUCGUGCCGAAGUCUGUCGCCCACUUGCUGGAUUCAGACAGUGGUGAGGAAGGAGAUGCACACAACGUGACGCCUAUCAAGCGCAGGCGGGUAGAUCAUAAGCAACCACAGCAGUCGUCAAAAGCUGCAACAUCUCGGGUGGCCCGUCGGCUGGUGCCCGACGUAGUCGACGUCGAUGCAACAGCAGCAGCAGCGUCAUCAGAUAUCAUUGUCCUAAGCUCUGAAGAAGACGACGACGGCGACUUGGAGGUAUUGCGGCAGGUGGCAAACGAUCCGGAGGCCAUUCGGUUUCGGGAACUAGCGAUGCGAUCUGCUGCUGCCGCCGCCGCCGCUGUCAUUUCCAUCGACUCUGACGACGACGAGAAACAACCACAGCCAGGUGUCCCGCGGCCACCGAAGGCCACAUCCUUCUUGACCUUGGCCGUCCUGUGGACCUCUCGAACCGGUAGUGCCGAGUCCGACAUGUACACCUUGGCUCCCAUGGAUGUCUUCCAAGUCCUGCUGGAUGCGUUUUGUGCCAAACUGAAUGUGCCCACGCAUCUCGUCCGCAUGAGCUUCGACGGGUCGCCAGUUCUUCCGUACGAAACCCCAGAAGACAAGGAAGUAGCAGACGGCGACCAAGUGGACAUGGUCGUGGACUGGGACCAAGUGAAGGCGCCGCGAGCCGCCGCCAACGCUGUCCGCGUGCGGGUGCAGCGCGUCGGGUCCAAGAAAACCCAAGUGUUUACGAUCGCCCCUGAAAUGACAGUCAAGAAGCUGCUCGAGUCGUUUUGUUCGCUGCACAACCUAGUUCCAGCUACUGUGGUGCUCAAGUUGUUUGGCGAAGUGCUGCAAGAGGACGUUACUAUCGAGUCUUGCCUAUUGGAUGCAGACGACAUCCUCGUCGCAGAGAGUUCAGCAGAAGCAGUCGAAAUGGCCCCAGAUGAGAGCAACACCGUGACGAUUACUCUUCGCUUCGCCGACAACGAUGUUGAGAAUCACCGGAUUGAUUUGGCGUCCAAGGUCGAGACAUUAGUGGCCAAAGUCAGCAGGAAGCGCCACGUGGAGGCAUCGCAGGUCAAGUUUGUCAUUGAUGGGGACGCGAUGCACCCCCACCAACCGUUUCACUCGUACGAUUUGGAAGGCGACGAGAUCAUCGAUGUCAAACUGGCCACCGUGUGAACACACACAAAAUCACUUGCAACAUACGUGUUGGAUACGGCGAGUUCUAUCGUUGUACAGCGUUGGCAAGCCAGUGCCGUCGACUUUGCAACUCGUCACAGACACACACCCUGGCUGUUGAUGCUGCUGCGACGAAAUUACCCCCGUCACGAACGCACCUUUUGUGUUGGACCUGUAGAUACUAAAUAACAAUGAACAAGAUGUAAACUAUGCAAACA